AACCUCCAAAGUAUCACGGAGCCAGCUCCGUAUGCUCCAACUGUCUCAACACCACCACUGGCAAUCUCGAGACAUCCGUGACAGCCUCCAGUCCGGCGGCACCAGCACCCCUGACUCGAGUAACUUUACCAGAGCUAUAUAAUCACCUCCCCGAAACCAGAAAUAUGAUGGAGCAAGCAACGAUCGUCGCAGCAAGCAGCUUCAGCCGGUCACCAUGAACUCUCUUCUCACUGCCCUGUCAGUGCCGCUGCUGGCAGGUCUGGCUCAAGGCUACGCCGAUCCCGGCUCCUGCUCCGGCUCCUGCAACGUCCAUGACCCAGGCCUGAUUGUCAGAGAGUCGGAUGGCCUGUACUUCCGCUUCUCGACGGGUAAUGAGAUUUCCUAUGCCUCUGCCUCUUCCAUCGAGGGUCCCUGGACCGCCAUUGGAUCUGUGGUGCCGGCGGGAUCCAAGAUCGACCUCGACGGAAACACCGACCUCUGGGCUCCGGACUUGAGUUAUGUGGAUGGAACCUACUAUUGUCUGUAUUCUGUCUCGACCUUUGGCUCGCAAGACUCCGCCAUUGGGGUUGCCUCCUCGACCACGAUGGAGCUGAACACCUGGACCGACCAUGGUUCCGUGGGCGUCGCCUCCUCUUCGUCGAAGGACUACAACGCCAUCGACGGCAACCUGCUGAUCGACGGUGACUCCUACUAUCUGCAGUUUGGCUCCUUCUGGGACGACAUUUACCAGGUCGAGAUGGCCUCCCCCCUCAAGACGGCCGGGUCCGCCUCGUACAACAUCGCCUACAAUGCGACGGGCACCCACUCGGAGGAAGGGUCCUAUCUGUUCAAGUACGGCAGCUACUACUACCUCUUCUUCUCGUCGGGCAUCUGCUGUGGCUACGACACCUCCCGUCCGGCCCAGGGCGAGGAGUACAAGAUCAUGGUCUGUCGCUCCAGCUCGGCGACCGGGGGAUUUGUGGACAAGAAUGGCAACUCCUGCACGGAGAGCGGUGGCACGAUUGUGCUCGCUAGUCACGGCACGGUCUAUGGACCUGGUGGACAGGGCGUGUACGACGAUCCGACCCAUGGCCCGGUGCUCUACUACCACUACGUCGACACAACUAUCGGGUAUGCGGAUGAUGAGAAGCUGUUUGGUUGGAACACGAUCGACUUUUCGAGUGGCUGGCCUGUUGUGUAGUAGAGGGCGGACUGAAGGAGGGAGGAGGGAUGCUUGAUGCAGGGCUUGUAUAUAGGAUGAUGGGAGGUACAGAUGUAAAUAAAGUCACUGCUUGUGACGG